AUGCAUCGCCCACCCUGCUCCGCCGUCGUCACGGCCGACCCGCACCAGAAAAUCAGAGCCUACUGCCCGACAUGUCGACAAGAGAGGCAGGCAGAGCUCGCUCGGAUGCUCAAGGAAGACGAAGAUGAGGAAGAUUCCGGGCCGGGCCCGCUCGGGUACGGCUUCUACGGCAAGGACGACAAGGAGCAGCGCAGGCGGGAUGAGGAAGAGAGGAAGAGGAAGGAGGAGGAGGGGAAGAGGGAGGCGGAGAGGUGUAAAGAGAAGGAGAAGAAUAAGAAGCCACUUUUCUUUCGCUGA